ACUAAGGAAGGAAGCGCUUGAUUAAGAAAAUAUUUUAGGGAUAAGUUCUCUGAUUGAGAUACAUUCUUUCAGACAUAAUGUGGGCAAAAUUUAAGAUUUUGAAUUGAGGACAACGUUAUCCUAUUAUACAUUUUAGGCUUAGCGCUCUGACUGAAAAGAAAAUCACUAUUUUUCGCAGCUCUAGUGUGAUGUUAUAGUCGGUUUUUCUAGCUGCAUCAUCUGUUAUGCAGAUUUUAAAAGAACUUUAUUGAAUUUUUUUGCUUUGCUCUAGUUGCCAUUUGAUGACGAUAAUGUUCAACUAUUAUUUAAAAAAAUUCGGUCCGGUAUAUUUCCAAUACCUGAAACACUUAAUCCAUCUGUGGUUGAUUUAUUACAAAAAAUGUUAACUGUUGAUCCCGUUAGACGGGCGACGAUUAAAGAUAUACGUGAACAUGACUGGUUUAAAAUCAAUUUACCUGAUUAUUUAUUUCCAAAACAAUGUGAAGAAAGUACAAAUAUUAUUGAUUUAGAUGCUAUUCAAGAAGUUUGUGAGAAAUUUGGUGUUACUGAAUCGGAAAUGCAUGAUGCUUUAUUGGUAAAUGAUCGACACGAUCAAUUAGUUAUUGCCUAUCAUUUAAUUAUUGAUAAUAAACGAAUUUGGAAUGAAGCUCGAAAAGUUGAAAUUGCCGACUUUUUUGCCGCAUCAAGUCCACCACAUUCAGCAUUUUUAUCUCUCGCAGUAAGUAAAAAAUAGUGCAUAAGAUAGCUGUUUAGAAAAUGCUUAAAAAUUGAAUAAGAAUGUUAUUUAGAAUUUAGUGUUCCACGAGUUAGACACUUUCACCAUUUACUAUUAUAGUCUAUACUCAUUUGUUGAUUCAUUACACGAAAAAAUCUUUUUCAGCUGUAGAAUCUGAUGCGUUGAGAGCAGAGAUGAGCAAGUCUCAAGUCAGCCAAAUCAAGUCACAAGACCCCAAAAAUUUGUCUCACACAAGUUUAACUUGACUUGUCCAGCUCUGCAUGAAAAAUGAUGCCACUUAGAUUUUUAAUAUCAGUUUUUUACAUUAUAAAUUCGGAAAAAUGCACGUUUGAAAUGACCUAAGAGACAGCCAAAAUUAGAAAUCAGUCAGAAGACCGGAAAACCCUUUUUCCAGUCAAAUUAGAGUCAUUAAAAAGUUUUUGGUCAAGUCUCACUUGACUUGUCCUGCUAUGGUGUUUUGUGCUUUCUAAUAGCGUUUAUGGGAUGAAUAUCGCUUUUCUUGGAGGAUGCCAAGAGUCAAUGAAUAGUAAAAUAUGCAGAAAUAGUUAUUAAAGUUAUGAUAUCACAUACAUAUAAAUAUUGUAUUCUACUAUAGAUCAACUUCUCUCGCACUUUCAAGAAAAUCAUGAAUAACGGUUCGUGUAGUAGAAGAUUGAUGUGAAUUUCGUCCGAUGACGUAGGAACAGAUGAGAUCCUGAAUAUACAUAUGAGCCUAUGUUAGCAAACAGUUAGGGAUUUAAAUACAAUGAGGACAGAAAGACUGAUCUAAAGAUUUUGUAUGGUGUUUAAUGCUCCUUAAAUCGACUUUAAGAUUAAAUCAAUUUAUUAGAAGAGUUCUUUUCUCAAAACGGUUAUGAUAUAUAAAUCUUGAUAAUAUUUAAGAGAAAUUGUCAUAAUCGUAUGUGAUUAAAGUUACUGUUAAAUUAUUAAAUUUCUUUCUCCCUAUUACAAUUUGUAGCCUUCCACACCACGUACACCAUCGCCUUUUGUAAGUAAAAUUGUGUUAGUCAGUCGCGUGGCGUGAAUUGAAUGCAGUAUUUAUACUGACAGUCAUAAAAUAUUUUUUGUUGUUGAGAAUAAUUGAAUAUACAUAUAUACUAGGGCGGGUCAAAUUUUUUUUCGAUGUUUUACCUAUCCUAGCGGUGUUCUACGGGUCGUUUUAAGAAACUUUGCCCAAGGAACUAUAGCUCUAUCGUGAAAAUCGAGCCUCCGUAUUUUGCGAGUA